CCCCGAGUGCUGUGAAGAAAACAAAAGCAAGAUAAGAAGACAGACAAAGGGGGACUCUACAUUUCAUAGGAUGCUCAGGGAAGGCUUUUGGAUAAGAUCAUUUGUUUUCGCUCCACUGCUAACCAAUUCUGUGGCCAGGGGCGAGCUUCUUCACCUCGCCUGUUUCCUCAUCUGUAAAAGUAGCUGAAGAGUCGGUGAAUGAUGUAAGUGGCAGGGUUGGUAAAUCGUAACUCCCUGUGCAAAUGUGAGUGACUUCCGAGUCCCGUGCAGGAAGGAGAGAACCAGGCGAGGAGCCCUGGGCUGAGAUCCGAGUCCAGCUGGGAGCAAGCUAACCUAGUACUAUCGCGAACGGCUCUGGCUGCUGCAGAGGCUUCUAGGGGAGCCGAGGACGGAAGUGGAGAAAGAGGGCUUCCUCGUGGGAGAGCUGCUGAUUUGGACGGUCUCAGAGUUGGGGGGAAGGAACACCUCCCAGCCACGCCCCGGUCCCACCAAGCUACUCCAGGGCUAAAGUCCUAGCCAGAGCCCCCGGUCACGUUUCUACGCCCCCAGGAACAAGCCAAUCGUCUCUAGGCGUACCAAUCGGCGUACACUUACGGCGGAACGAGCCGCCCUGGCCAGUGACAAAGGCCGUACGGCGGAAGUGCCGAAACGGUUUCCCGGGAAGAUGGCUGCCUCCGUCUGGCCGAAGUUGAUUGACAGGUGCUGUGACCAGAAGCUCUAGACUCCAGGCCCUGUCCCCUGAGCUCUGCCCUCGGAUGUCCCACCGUCCAGAGCCUGCAUGCGCCGUGGGGCGCCCCAGGACCAGGAGCUGGUGGGUCCCGGGGCUCCUGGGCGGGGAUCCCGGGGCGCCCCGCCUCCCUCGGGACCUGUUGUCCCGGUCCUCGUCUUUCCCCCGGACCUAGUAUUCAGGGCGGACCAGCGGAGUGGACCCCGGCAGCUGCUGACCCUCUAUAACCCCACGGGAGCUGCACUUCGCUUCCGAGUCUUGUGCACAGCACCUGCCAAAUACAGAGUGUUUGACUCAGAAGGAUAUGUGAAGCCUCAGUCCUGCAUUGACAUUGUGAUUCGCCACGUGGCCCCCAUUCCCAGCCACUAUGACAUCCAGGACCGCUUCCGCAUUGAGCUGUCUGAGGAGGGAGCUGAGGGCCGAGUGGUGGGGCGCAAGGACAUCACCUCGGUUCUGAGAGCCCCAGCGUAUCCCCUUGAGCUUCAGGGACAGCCCGACCCAACACCCCACCCAGGGCCUCCUUCCUGGACGGCACCACCCACGGACAGACACUUCCCGGAGACCUCCUCCCUGGAGGACCCAGGGCUGGGCAUGAGUGGGGCUGGAGCUUCUGACCAGCCUUCUUUCCCAGACCCCCGCCCACAAUUGGCCACCAGCUCCUUCCUCCUCUUCUUGCUGACGGGCAUCAUCUCUGUGGCCUUCCUGCUGCUGCCGCUCCAGGACGAACUCGGCAGCCAGCUGCCCCAAAUCCUGCACGUCUCCCUGGGACAAAAGUUGGUGGCAGCCUAUGUCUUGGGCCUCCUCACCAUGGUGUUCCUCCGCACCUGAGCCCCCUGCUCAACCUCCACCCUCCUCCCGGCAGGGACUGGACUUGCAACAGCCACUGUGUGCUCAUACCUUGCCUCAACUCCUGCUCCCUUCUUC